GGCGGCGAUCUUAAUUUCGGCACAGUCGAAUCCAGAGCACAUGCGGGAGAUCGUGACCCUGCAGUUUGGCAGCGCCAGCAACCGCGUCGGCGAGGCUCUCUGGUCCAGCGCGUUGCGCGAGUCCGCCGGGCGCCAGCCUGGUGAUGAGCAGGAGGCCGACAUGUCGCUCAUGCUCCGCAACGGCCGCAGCGUUCCGCGCACCGUGGCCUUUGGUGGCAAGGGCGAAAUCAAGGUGGCCGGCGCCCGGCAGGACCACGAGGUGAGCGCGUGGGAUGGCGGUGUCAAGACCGUCGCCCAAGACGACAAUGGUGUUGGCGAGGCUGCUAUGCCAACGUCGGUCUUGCACCCGCGCUCGGUCGUCGAGGUCGCCGAGUUUCGGUCGUUUGAUCCGAUGAACAACUACUACGAUGGGCUCCUCUCAGGCGACGGCAAGCUGCGCCGCGAGACGCUCGAAGCUGCCCAAGACCACGUGCGCCAGUCGCUUGAGGCGUGCGACUCGAUCCAGGGCGUCCAAUGCUUUGUGGAUAUCGACUCGACCUGGGGCGGCUUUGCGACAGAAGUCCUGCGCGAGCUCCGCGAAGAGUGCCCCUCGGCCUUUGUGAUGUGCGCCGGCCUCGACGAGCGGUACCCGCUUACGCCGCAAGUGGGCCUCUUUGACCAAGCCAAGCACGACGGCCGCCGUGCCAUCAACAUGGCGUCCUCGAUCCUCCAUUUGCACGAGCUCUCGGACGUCUUCUUCCCGCUGGCCACGUCGGGCGACGCAGUAGGCUCGUUUGCGACUUUGUCGCCGAUCUCGACCGACGGACCGCUGCUGACGGCCGCGGCCUGGGACGUCAUGUCGGCACCCUACCGCUUCCCGCGCACGUCCAACAUGCAGAUGCGAAACGUCGCCUUUCCGCUGCGGCGCAGCAUGAAGGUCAUGGAGCUCGCUUGCUUGUUGGAUCCGCCAGCCGAUUUCUUCAAACAAAGUGGCGCCACUCGCUUGGAGCUCCUGGAUGCUGCGUCGCUGCUGCCGAUUGGCGUGCAAGAUCCGUCGUGGACGCGGUCGCGUCAGUACCAUUUGCAGCUCUUGACGCUGCGUGGCGACCCCACUGCGUUUGCUGGCGUGACGAUGCCGACGUGGCAGCUCAAGGCGCCGUUCGACUUUUGCCACCUUGUGACGCUCCCGCGCCCAUUAGUUGCCCUGCCCGAGGCACCGGUCUUUGCUUCCUUGACGUCCACGGCGUGUCUCUCGGCGGUCAUGAUCACAGACGCGAUCCCCAAGUACCUGAGUGGCCUCGCGCAUGGCGUCCAUACGAUUGACCGCCGCGUCGUCCACGAGUACGUACAAGCCGGCAUGAGCUUUGACGCGCUGCGUGAACUGCACUCGGACUUGCUCACGCUCUCGGACUCGUCGCUGUAGAGUACGAGGCUCUUUGUGUCCUACGUAGAAUAGAAACACUCAAGUGUCGGGGGUUGUUGUUACUAGUGCGGAGAGGCUGCAGCAUACUUGGUAGGAGACGACGCCGACGCAGGAAGAACGGCCAACGCGCUCAGGAAGCAACGUCUCUCCGUCUCUCUGCUCCAACAAGCUCUUUGCCUUUUCGGCGCGGGCGCGUCAUUGCCGCUGCUGCA